AUGAUGCAUCUGAACACAGAAUGCUCAGGGCUUACCACCAAACAGAGGAAUGCGCUUCGGGCAAGUGAAAACCUAGAUUGGUCGUGCUCUGAAUGCAAAAACACUUCAUCUAGACGAACUUCGAUUGUGAUACCUGAAGAUGAUGAUGAUGAAGCAUUUGGAUCGCCUAUAACCUUAGCAUCUGUUCCAUUAGAUGGUAAAAAAUUGCUGCUAGAAAUAUCAUUAAAAGUGGAGUGUGCUAUUCAACGUCAAUUGAGCCAGUUUGCAGAGUCUUUGGAAUUCAAUGCUAGAAAACUUGAUGAUAUACUCGAAACCGUAGACGCAUUUAAAACUACAGUCAAAAAAAUAAAAAAGAAUAUCGAAUUAUCUAACCAAAAUAAAAACUUAGAAUAUAGAAUAAGUGCAUUAGAACAGCGUUUACAAGAACAAGAACAGCAACAGCUUAUUAAAACUAUUGAUAUUUUUAAUAUCCCAUUCACUGACAACGAGGAUCUUUUAAACGUCGUGCAAAAAAUACAACAAAAACUUGAAUUAGAAGAAAACAUUAUUGAAGUAAAGUGCUUUGGUUACAAUAGAAAUAAUUCCGGAAAACUACGUGUGGUUCUACCGUCAGAAACUGUUAAAACAAAAUAA